CGUUCGACUAUGCAUUGUUGUCAUUAGAAGCUUUAUUUUUAUUUGUAUAUAUAUUAUAAUACCAAAACAUAAUGUAUAGAUGUGCACAAUUUAAGUAAUUGAUUAAUAAUAUUGUCCAAACAAUGGAUAACUUAGAUAUAAUAAAAGAAGAAUUCGUUCAUGUUAAUGUGAAAAUUGAACCAUGUGAGGAAAACUAUUCUGAAUUUGAUGGUGGUGUUGAUGACAAUAUUCCACAAGAUUCAUAUGACUCCGAAACUCCAGAAAUAAAGGUUAAGGUAGAGAUCGUACAACAAAACUGUGAGGACCAGCAUGAAAGCAAUCACUUAUUACAAGAAGCUGAUAGAAAACCAGCUUUGCAAGAGCAAUUUCAAGAUGGUAACAUAGCUGGAGACAUAAAGUACAAUAAAAGAAUUCCGUGCCCGAAAUGCGAUCGUACUUUAAAAAACCGGGGAAAUCUAAAACAGCAUCUUCGAACUGUGCACUUAGAAACUUCCGAAAAUAUAAAAUGUCCUGAUUGUGAUCGAGUUUUUAAGUCAAGGGAAUAUUUGUGGAAUCACCAACAUUCUGUACAUUACAGUAUUGAAGAAAUGCCCUGUCCAGAGUGUAACAAGACUUUUACUAAUAAAAGACGUUUAGAUAAUCAUUUCUACUACACUCAUAAAGAUAAAACUCUAGUUACAUGUCCAACAUGUGGUAAAAACUUUCAAGGACAGCGAAAACUGAAACUCCACAUGAAACACGUCCACACCUUUAAUGAAAAUAUAUUAUGCAGUCACUGUCAGAAACGAUUUAAAAGUGAGUUACUGCUUAAAAGGCAUAUGGCAUAUCAUCAUUCUGAUGGUCAGGAAUAUAAAUGUGCCUUCUGUGACAAAAUGUUUGACUCAAAUAUUAAGUACAAAAAACAUUUAGAACAAGUUCACCCUGAGCAGCGUAUACAAUGCCGCAUCUGUUCCAAACUUUUAAAAUCUGUGCAGAUUGCAAAAAAACACUUAAGAAUCGUUCAUCAAUUGAAGGAUGGAAUCCUUGAAGAGAAUUUAGUCAAAGUAGCAAAUGAUACUAUAAUAACAAAUUUCAUGAAUGGUGUUGAUAAGCCAGUGGAAGUUACUUGUGACUUAUGUUUCAAAGUAUUUUCCAAUCAAAGUGUAUUUUAUCGACACAUAAGAUCAACGCACCCAUCAAAAGAACAAGAGGUUGCUUGUGAUGUUUGUAAUAAAGUGUUUAAAUCACCUCAUCAUCUAAGAGUUCACAAGGCUGCCGUACAUUCCAUAAACCAAUUUACAUGUAGUCUUUGCAAUCAAACAUUUUCUUCGAAGAAGUAUUUAACAAGACAUGAGAAGAGACAUAAUAAGAUUGAACAACAGUUUGAAUGUGAUAUUUGUAAUAAAUUUUAUAAAUGCCGAGAAUAUUUAAAGAGGCAUUUAAGACGUGUGCAUGACAAUAAUAUUUUAGGUAUUUAAGUAUUAUAUGCACUGUAAGCUGGUUGAUAAUAGUAUAAAUAUUUGAAUAGAUUCAAAAUGUUAACUGUUAUAAGUGAAGCCAGAUGUUGUUUUAGAAAAGUAUCACAAAAUUUUAGGAAUCACAUAAUGUGAUCAAUAUGUUCACAGAAUAUGAUCAAUCAAUAGUUGUGUUGUUAUUGGGAAAAAUACAACUGUCUAAUAAAAUUUUACACCAUUCCUAGAAUGCAAUAUGCUAUUUGAUAUAUUUAGAAUUAGCCUUAGUUUUAGAUUAUUGGAUGCACCAAAAAGCAGAAAUAUUUUGUAACAGCACUCUGUGACUGUAACGCUCCUGUUUUAGUGAUCUACUUAAUGAAAUUGUUAAUCAUGAAAUAUUUUUAAUGUAUAACUUUAUAAAUUAAAUGUAAAUAUAACAUACAAUGAAUUUAAAAAUCAGUUAACUUAAGUAAAACUUUCUCUAUCGCACUGCAAAGUAUCAACAGAUUUUACAGUAUCUAGAAUUAGAUAAGGAGACACACACUUUAUUUAAUUGUAUAUGUUAUGAAAUAAAAAGUAAAUAUUU